CACACACCUUCCCUCCUCCCCUGUGUUAGGGGCAAGAGCAAGAGUCACACGCUCACUCACACUCACACAGGUACACAGGAUACUGAGGUUGACUGAGAGAUAGACAGGGACCAGAGAGAGAGAGAGAUAGAUAGAGAGAGAGAGAGAGCAGCAACUGGUGGCUCACACACACACACUCCAGGCUUCCAAGGAGGGCACGGACAUCCAACCCAUAUGUGUGGCUCCUCUCAAGGCUUCACAGCCUCCUCCUCCUCCGCUCAGUGCACCACAGCCAUGUUGACCCCAGAAAGGUCACUGCAAAGCGCCGGGGUCGCCGCCGCCGCCACAACGAUGCCAGAGUCACAGGAUGUCGACAUGACCUCCUGGAGCGAGGUGGACUUUGAGGAGAAGUGCACUUACAUGGUGAAGGACCAGCCUCUGGAGCAAGCGUCCGCCGACCACGGGAGGACGCGAGCCGAGCGAUCCCUCCCCAGAAACCUGGCCCUGAAGCGCGGCCACAACUCAACCGAGGUGCUCGGGGUGAGCAGCAAGGAGCUGAUUCCUAAGGGGACGCGUUUCGGCCCCUUGGUGGGGGAGAGCUACACCAGUGACAUACUGCUCACGGGCGCCGACAGGAAGUACUUCUGGAGGGUGUUCUCGGAGGGGCACCUACACCACAUCCUGGACGGCCUGAACGAGGAGCGCAGCAACUGGAUGCGCUACGUCAACCCGGCGUGCAGCGCAAAGGAGCAGAACCUGGUGGCGUGCCAGAGCGGUUUGGACGUCUACUUCUACACCAUCAAACCUCUUCAGCAGGGCCAGGAGCUGCUGGUGUGGUACUGCUCGGAGUUUGCCCAGCGCUGUAACUACCCUCCCCUGGGCCAGCUGCCAAUUGACAAUAAUGAACAGAGUCGGGCGCAGGAGAAGACGACGGCGAAACGAGGACACAGCGUUUCGGAAAUCCUCCGAGACGGGCCCUCCAGGUCCCUGACUACCUGUCCCAGACGUCUGGAGAGUUAUUUGUCUCCGGCAAACCGCUCGGCAGUUUUUCCCUUGUGUCCUCGUGUUGUCUACCCAAUCCAGACCACCUCAGAAUCCAUCCAAGGGCACAGAUACGCGCCUCUGCCCCCCCUGCCGACCUGCAGCCCGUCUGCUGCCAAACGUCCAGCUCUGAGUCGCCCUGUCCCCUCAAUGGUGCACUUGAGCUUUCAGCACAGUCAAGGCCCCGUUGCAGCCAAACCUUACCACGAGCCCACCGCGCCCGACCCCGCUCUGAGGCACGCUCCCUAUUAUCUGCCUCACUAUUCCCUCGGCCCAAACAGCAUUCUACCUCAUCCGUACCCUUUCUGCAGUGAUCGACUGAAACCACACGGGACACUCUCAUCUCAUCUACUACCAUUUGACAGCUACGCACACCUCCUCCGUCCUCUAGCCAAGAGACACAAAGACUUGUCCCUUGCACAAUCCGCCAAACGAGACCUCAUUCUUUCACAGAGCAGGGAACACAACAACAAAAAGGACCUCACAUCCAGCUACCUCAGGAUCCCCUCAGACGACCUCACUGUACCCACCACAUCCGGGGCCUCAUCCAUGGUCACCUCACUCCGUGGAGCAUUGCCCUCCCUUGCACCCGGAGGAUGCUCACCGCUGGUGGGCAUGCCGGCAGACUGCCUCCCUUCCAGACCCACCUCUGCUUCUCAGGGCAACGCAGAGGUUGCGAUCGACCUCAGGAAGACCAGACGAGGAGGGCAGAUCAUCGGCUACAAGACUCUGUCGUACCCUCUCACCAGGCAAAACGGAAAGAUCCGGUAUGAGUGCAACGUUUGUGGAAAGAUCUUUGGGCAGCUGUCCAACCUCAAGGUUCAUCUGCGAGUUCACAGCGGCGAGCGUCCCUUCGGGUGUCAGACCUGCAACAAGACCUUCACUCAGCUGGCCCACCUGCAGAAACACUACCUGGUUCACACUGGGGAGAAACCACAUGAAUGCAAGGUUUGCCAUAAAAGAUUCAGUAGCACGAGUAACUUGAAGACACACCAACGGCUGCACUCGGGGGAGAGGCCUUACCAGUGCAAACUCUGCCCGGCCCGCUUUACUCAGUACGUCCACCUGAAGCUCCACAAACGCCUCCACAGCGGGGAGCGACCUCACCGGUGUCCCCACUGCCCCUGCGCCUAUCUCCACUACUGCAGCCUCCAGGUGCACCUGCAGGGCUUCUGCCCGCUCUCUCCCUUGGCCUCCCACAGACACUCGCCAGAGGAGCUGCACCGCGUCAACGCCGAGAUCCAGAGGUUCGACCUGAGCGAGGCGGCGGACCAGCUGGAGGCCAUGGCCGCAGAGGCCAAGAUGGACAAGGGGAAUGUUAUCGAUUUAAUACAGAAGAUGAAGACUUGCACCUCGGGCCACCAGGGGGACGUCAGAGGGGAGACUGAGCUGAGCCUCUGCCAAUCAGCGGAGGAGUUUUCUGGUGGACAGAUGCAUCAUGGGAACCAUUUACCUCUGCAUCCAUCCAGCAUCAAGCUGGAGUCAAGCUGCAUAUCAGAGCCGUGAGACUGCCUUGCUAAUCCAGCCAUAUAAUCCUUACAGGUCAACUCAGCAGCUGUCUGUUACUGCCCUAUUUGAAGUAAAGCCUUAUCUCAAUCAUGGAGUCCCAGGCCCGAUACUCUACAGAAACUGUAGCACGUGAAGAAUCAAAACUUUAUGGCCUUUAACCCUGCGACUUUAUAGAUUUAAUGUACACACCUUCCCUAAUUUAUUCUGUUACUACUAUGAAUCUAAAAUGUAUAAAAAGACAGAUUUGUGCCAUUUUCUGAAAUUUUGUUUUUUUGUAUAACACAUGAUUAUGCAUAAAGAAAAACUUGUUUUUAAUUUGUGGUUUCACUGUGUGAGUGUUUCCGUUUGCGUAUGUGUGCCUAUGUAGGUCUACCAAUUAAAGCCACAAUUACAGGAGAGGCAUGACUAUGCAGCGUUGACGAGGUGAAACCUGAGAUGUUUGUGUGUAGGGUAUAUGUGCUCUCCUUUGUGUGAGUGCUGGUGACGUAGGUAAACAUCCUGUUAUGAGCUUUGGAAUACUCCACGCCAGUGUCAGACCCUUCACCCUGGAAAAAAACCCACUCAAAACAACCAGCAUGACACAGUUACAUCCACUGUCAAUAAGAUCCAGCUGCGAACUUUCUCACACUCAUUCUGUAUUUAGUUUCAGUAUUAAUCAGAUGACGUAAAUCAGAACAACGAAGCAUGACUCCACGGUUUAUUCUGAGUUAUAGAAGCACAGAUGUUAGAAGACUUCCCAGUAUAGCUCUUCUCAGAAUGAGAGCACAAACUGUAAAGGAACGAAAUUGACAACGACUUGAUAAUAUACAAAAACUGAAUUAGACUGACUUUCUGUUGCACUGUAUCAUCUCUGUUGGUCUCAAUGUAACAUGCAGGACAUGAGUCAGCAGGUCGGGUCAGUGACCAUCAGCUGCUCUGGACGUCACUCUUUCACUUUCCUGCAAGAAAUAAAACAACGGAAGAUAAUGUCCCAAAGGAUAUCAGGAAAAAGACCCUGACCUCUGACCUCUGACCUCUCUUCAGGAGGAAAUAGUAUCCACCAUCUCCUCCAGAGUUUAUGGAGGAGAUGGUGGAGUUUAUGUAGAAGAUUUCACAAGAACAACUCAACAGAUUUCCACAAAACUUGAUGUAAGGAAGCAGCAUGGGUCAGGGAAGGACCAAUUUUGUGAGACUGGGCUUUUCUUUAUUAUUAUCAAUCAAUGGAUCUUGAAUAUUUGGAGAACUGAAUUGUGAGUCUAAUUUGGUAUUUUUUUUAAUUAUUGUUGAUUGUUAUCAUUGUUGUUAUUACUAUGUAGUUGUUGUUAUUAUUUAUUAUUGUAUUUCUUAUAAUAAACAAUGAGUUGAUGUCCA